AUGUCGGAAGAAAUAAAUAACGAAGUGCAGCAGGACUUGACUGGUAAUUUCGAGCAAGACUAUACAGAGACAUGCCGUCGUUUGGGUAUCAAACCAUUCAAUGUAUUGAAAUUCGGUCUACCAUUGCCUCCACUUCCAUAUUACUCGCCUCAAAAUGUGGAUACGACAAAUGUGUCAGUUGCUGAUGAUAUGCGCCGUUCCAAGCUAGAUCUGACUGGAGAUUCCAACUUGCUAGGAAAAUACGGUGGUCGUGCGUCUCAAGAUAGUCAAGCUGUAUCUGCUGAAGAUCAUUAUGUCGAGGCUACUCCAAACAUAAAGUCGAAUCCACCAGGCGGAAUCCACUCAGAUGAAGGUAACCAUGUCAGCGCUACAACCCUCAUUUCGCUACCUGCACGCAGUACAACACAUGCACCAAAAUCGCAUUCGGAAAAGACUAAACGCAGCAUGCCAGAUUUAAGCACGAGCACUACAAAACUACGCCAUUCACGAAUCUUUUCAAUUCCAAAUAUCAAUUAUCAGUCACGAUUUAAAUUUUCCCCUACAAUCGAUGUUGAAUCCAACGAGUAUGAAUAUGAAGAAGAGGUGUACAAGAUUGAAGUGCGAGGAUGGAAAGUCUCCAUACCAACCAUGGAAGCUAUUAAUCUGGCCAUUACGGCAUGUUCCACGAUCACUCAUCUAAAUUUCUGGAAUUGCGGAUUGACAGAGUCGCAUGCUAAUCUAUUGGCGACAGCCAUUCCAACCGUCAAUAUCCGCACGCUCGCUCUUGACCAGAACCCAAGUAUACCAGAAUCAUUUUACUCGAGUUUUCUUGGUGACGACUCAAUGCUAAAAUCACUGUCACUUCGAGGAAAUGGGAUUUCGGAUAUUGGUGUCAAAUCAUUUUCUGCAGCAUUAAAAGUAAAUCGAUCCUUGUCUAAUCUCAAUCUGUGGGACAAUCGUAUUACAAAAGACGGCGCGGAAAUACUGGCCGAGUCCCUUCGGUUUGGCUGCAAUUUACAGGUUCUUUCGCUUGGAAAGAAUACAAUUGGAGAUGAGGGUGCUGCUUCGUUUGCCAAGUGCCUUUCAAACUAUUUAUUGACCCAAGAAGAAUUGCAAAAUCGACGCAAACAGCUUGCCGAAAUGGAUCGAUUGCGACAUGAUAUGGAAGAUGAUACUGCAUCUAAAAAAAAGAAUCGAGCAGGCAGAGGCGCUUCGGCAAAACCAUUUGAUGACAAGAAAGACGAUAAGGGGAAAGCUAAACCCAAGCCACUUUCCAAAAAAGGACUGGAUGUUGUUGCUACACAAAGACCCAUCAAAACCCCAGAUGACAAGAACAAAAAAAUGGUUUCAAAUGGAACAGACGAUAGAAAGGGAAAGGACAAGAAAUGCGCUUUACCAACAAAAGUCGGAAAAAAGGUUAAAUUGGAAGAUACAAAGGAAGAUAUGGACGAAAACAUGGAGUCUGCUAGCAGUGUUGAGCCAAUGUUUGAAUUUAACGGACAAUGGUAUCUUUUGGGAAAUCGAACCCUAAACAGCCUGAAUCUCUCUCAUAAUGGCAUUGGGAUGUUGGGACUCAAAGCGCUCAGUGACGCAAUUAUUGAACAAGAAACCACCAACGAUCAGUCCCCAGAUGGCUUACUCGGUGUAUUUCGACUCAAUUUACAGUAUAAUUCAAUUGAUGCAGAGUCUGUACAGUACCAGCAACUGGUAUCACUUUUGAACACACGGAACCCAUUUUUUGAAAUAGCCGAUUCUGAAGUAGUGCAAGACGGAGCCAUAAGUGAGCAAAAUGAGAUUGCACAAAGUGACAAUGGCAGUCUUCCUGAUGACACUACUCAGCAAUAA